UUGUUCCGCUCUACUGUUGCUCCAUGCAUCGGUAGGAAGUCAGUCGCUUACGUUUGAAAGUUACUGAGGUGUAAAACAAUGUCUAUGUCAAAAAUAUAGCUCAGAAAGAAGAACCAAGGAAGACGAAGACAGACAGACAAAGAUGGAAUUGCAGAGAGAGGAUCCCUCAUUCUUGGACAAGAGGCCGCAUGCAGUUGAGGCCAAUGGAGGAAGUUUGAGUCACCAGCCGUCUUCACUUCCUGAACUUCGCUUGGUUUUACUAGGCCGCAAAGGUGCAGGGAAAAGCUCAGCGGGAAACACCAUCCUAGGCCUGGCGGGAGGGUUUGAGACGGGCAAACCAACCGAGGAGUGCGUGAAGAGACGAGGCGAUGUGGCAGGAAGGCGUGUUACGGUUGUGGAUACCCCAGGCUGGGAAUGGUACUAUUCAGUGAACGGGACUCCUGGUUGGGUGAGGAGAGAAACAAAGCGAAGCAUGUCCUUGUGUCCACCAGGUCCCCACGCCGUGCUUCUAGUGGUGCGAUCCUGUACUUCAGUGACAGCCGACUACCAUCGGCAGAUCGAGGAGCAUCUGGAACUGCUGGGCAAAGCGGUGUGGGAUCACACCCUGCUGCUGUUCACACGAGGGGACGAGCUGGGCUCCCUUUCCAUCGAACAGAGGAUUCGAAACGGCGGCAAGGCCUUCCAGACGCUCCUGGAACGGUGCGGGAACCGGUUCCACGUACUGGAGAACAAGCGGCGUGCAGAUGAUGGGUCACAGGUGAGGGAGCUGAUGAGGAAGAUGGAGGAGCUGGUGGAGGAGAGAAGAGGGAGGCAUUAUGAGACGGAUCUGCUGCUUCUGGAGCUGGAGGUGGAGAGCAAACGCAGGGCUCGAGAGAGGAGGAAGAAACAGAGGCUGAUGGAGACGCAGACGCACAGAGGAACCAUCAGAGCCAUGCUGAUGAACGAUAAUCCACAAAUUGAAGACCUAGAUGAGAAGAAUCUGUUCUCCAGAGGUUCGAGGCGUCUCCCAGAGCUCAGACUGGUUCUCCUGGGAGAGAGGGAGACGGGAAAAAGCUCCGCCGGGAACGCCAUCCUUGGAGGACCGGGAUACUUUCAAAGCAGAGAGGCCACCGAGGAUUGUUCGAGACAGCAGACGGAAGUGUCUAACCGGCUGGUGACGGUGGUGGAUGUGCCCGGAUGGGAGGGCGGACCGGAGGGAAUAACUCCAGAGAGAGUGAAGCGAGAGAUCGGACUGAGCGUGACCCUGUGUCCUCCCGGACCUCAUGUAUUUCUGCUGACAUUGAGAGUGGAUGCAAUCAUCCAAGCACAGGUGGUGCGAGAGCAUUUGGAGCUCUUGGGAGAGGCAGUUUGGAGACAUACGCUUCUUCUGUUCACGAGGGGUGACCAGCUACGAGAGGGAGUCACCAUCGAGCAGCACAUCCAAGGAGGAGGAAAGGAUCUCCGUUGGUUGGUGGAACGAUGUUCAAACAGAUUCCACGUCAUCAGCAGCAACUCUUGUUUGGAAUCACGCAAUUCCAAAACACAGAUAACGGAACUUCUGGAGAAGAUCGAGAAGAUGGUGGCUGGGAAUCGCUGUGAGGCAUUCUCGCCGCUAGUGCAUGAGAUCCAAGAGCUAGGAAGACAAAAGAAUGAGAAAUUCCAGCUGAAGGUCAAGGAGUUUAGCGAUAAGCUCCAACGGCAGGAGGAGGAACUGAAGAAGAUGAAGGAACGAGAGGUCAGGAGCAUUCGGUGGUUUUUCGACAGACGCAAAAAAGACAAAGUGCAAUCUCCCGGGAAGGCAGAGAAAGAAGAGACGCCGUACCGAGGCGAAGAUGACAGGAGAAGCAUGAUGGGCGAGCUGGAAGAGAGGAUGGCGUGGUUGACGGAAGACAAGGAGCGAGAGUUACAAGAGCUGACUGCUGAAAUGAACAAAGUCAUGGUGACUCUCCAUCAGGGACUGAAAGAGAGAGAGCAACUGCUGAUGAGAUUAGAGGAACGAGAGCGAGAGGGGGAAGAACUUAAAGAAAAAGUGGAUGAACUUCAGAUGAAACUGCUGGAAAUGGAGCGCACGGGUGCCAUGAAAGAGCAAGAACGGAAAGAGAGAGAGGCUGAGGUUCAAACUGCACACUUGGAUGAGAUGAACGAACUUCAAAGCAAGCUGGCGGAAGCGGAGAUAGAGAAUGAUAGGAUGAGAGGAAAGGUGGAAGAAACUCAGAAAGAGAUGGAUGCAUCACGACGCAGGUAUGAAGAAGAGGCUGUUUGGCAAAAGCAAGAGAUGGAGCAGAAACUGAAAGAAAAGGACAGUGAAACUGAAAACAUUUUAAGAGAAAUCGAGAAGGUGAAGCUGAACGCUGAGAGCAGAGAAACAGAGCAAAGCCAGAGAUUCAGUGAACAAGUUGAGAAGAGAGAGAAAGAGAUGGACAAGCUGAGAGAGGUGAUAGAGAUGAUGACCAAAGAGAUGGAGCAGCUACGGAUGUCCUAUCAGGAGCAAGUCAAAACCACAGAAGCAGAGCGAGAAAUGCAUAGAGAAACGGUGGAAAAAUACAACACCCUCAUUGAGAAACUCGUUGGGAAAGAUGAGGAAAUAAAGCGAACGAUGAGAGAGAAAGAAAAGGAGCUACAUCAAAAAACUGAAACGCAAAAGAAACUUCAGCAAAAAGAUGAUGAAAUACUCAUAUUAAGUAAAAGAGACCAGCAAAAAGAGCAAGAAAUAGAGUCACUGAAGCUAAACAUUACAGAGAAACAGAGGGAUAUAAAAAGCUUACAAGACACCGUCCAGGCAAAUACUGAAAAAUAUGCUGCUGAACUUCAAGUUUUGAAGAAAGAGUUGAAAACAAAAGAAGAUGAAAUAGACAGAUUAAUACAGAGAGACUUGGAGAAAGACAAAGCGACACAGCGAAACAUUAGCGAAAAACAAACUGAUAUAGAAAAGUUAAAAGACAGUAUUGAGGAAAGUGCAGCUCAACUAAAACUUCUUCUGGAAGAACUGAAGGCAAAAGAAGAGGAAAAUGAAAAAUUAAGACAAAGAGACCAGGAGAAAGAACGAGAGAUUGACAUGCUUAGGCAAAACAUUACCAAAAAACAUAAAGACGCUGAAAAGUUAAGAGACGAUAUUGAGGCACACAUCCAAGAAAUCAAGCAUUCAGAUGAAGAGCUGAAAAUAAAAGAAGAGGAAAUAACCAAAUUAAGACAAAGAGAGCUGGAGAAAGACACAGAAAUUCACACACUUAAGAAAAAUAUAAUUGACCAACAGCAGGACGCUGAAACAUUAAAAAACAGCAUGCUGUUGAAAAUUGAAGAAAGUGCUGCACAACUGAGGCAUUUAGAGGAAGAAUUCAAAAGAAAAGAAAAUGAAAUCGUCCAAUUAAGAGCAAGAGACCUGGAAAAAGACAGAGAAAUGAACACAAUGCGUGAAAACAUAAGCGAAAAACAGAAAGAGGUUGAAAAGUUAAGCGAGAGUAUUAAGGCACAUGUUGAGGAAAGUGCAGCUAAACUAAACCAUUUAGAGAAGCGACUACAAACAAAAGAGGAUGACAUCACCAAAUUAAAUCAAAAAGACUUGGAGAAGGACAGAGAAAUGGAAACACAGCUGCAAAACAUCAGUGAAAAACACAGAAGAGAAAUAGAAAAACUGGAAAACAUCAUUCGAGCAAAUACUGAAGAAGCUGCUGCCCAACUGAAACAUCUAGAGGAAGAGUUUGAUGGAAAGAUAGAGGCCUACAAAAGAAAGGAUACGAUGAUGGCUGAAGAAAUGGAAAACUUAAACAAACAGCAUGAGGAAACAGAAAGACGCUCAGAUGAGCUGAGACAACAGAUCGGGGACGAGCAAGAACGAAACAAUGUCCUCCAAAACAUGAACGCUGGACUGGGAAAUGAAUUAGAAGAGCUGAAGCGCAAAUGUGAGGGUUACGAGAGAGAGCUUCAGACUUCAGUUAAGCAUGCUGAGAAACUGACGAAAGAAAUUAGAGCGCUAGAACAAAAGAUAGAUGAGUUCAAACAGCUGCUGGAAGAGAAGGAAAAGGAGAAAGAGAGCGAUCUGCAAGACAUGAAGGCAUAUUACGAGAAAAGGCUAAGAGAAAGGCAUGAAGAGCAUGAGAUGAAGGAGAUAGAGAGAGAACAGGAGCUUCACAGCAGAGAGAGGGAGGUAGAAAAGAAGGAAGAGAAAUUAGCGAAGAGCAAACAAGAUUUGUUAACUAGAGAGGAUGAAGUGCAUAGACGAGAACAGGAUUUGGAAGAGCAAAUGUACAAGAUAAAAGAAGAGGAGAAGAAUCUAGAAAACGAGAGUCAGAGUAACAAACGUCUGGCUGCAGAUCUGAUGCAAAUGAGAGAGGAGAUCGAAAAAAGAGCAGAAGAGCUUAUGGAUAGAGAGGAACAUUUAAAGGCACAGGAACAGCAGAUCAAAUGUAAAAAGGACGAGCUACAAGCAAUGGAGAAGAUAUUGGAGAACAGGGAAAAGGAAAUAAAAGAUCUGACUGAAAAGCAGGAGAAAAAUCUGGAAAAUCUCAGACAGCAGAUGGAGAGAAGAGAACAUGAGCUGCAGGAAACGGAGGCAAAUUUUGUAAAAGAGCAACACAGGCUUAAGGAAGAACAACAAUCUUUGGAGAUGCUCAGAGCGAAUCUGGAAACUAGAGAAAAUGAGCUUAAUAAACGAGAGCAGAUGUGGGAGGUGAAAUCCCAAGAGCUUUUAAAGAUCACAGAGGAAUUUGAGAACAGCAAACACAAUGUGGAGAAAUGUCAAGCCGAGUUGAGUAAUAAGGAACAUGAUCUUCUGCAAAAAAUAAAUGGACUGCAGGUAAAGGAGCUAGAACUUGUGCAGAGGGAGCAGGACCUCGAACUCAAAGGUCAAAGGCUGAUUGAGCAAUAUCAAGAUAUGGAAAAUCAGCAGCAAAACCAGACAGCUUCGUUUGAUGCACAAAACAUGGAGCUCCAGAGCAUUAGAGAAGCAUUAGGAAAAAGGGAGCAAGAGCUGAUAAAAGGCGAAGAAGCUCUUUGUCAAAGAGAGCAGAAGUUUAAGAGUGAAGAAAUCUAUUUGGAGAAAAGGCAGCAAGUCAUGCAAAAUGGGGAACAAAAGCAUGAAGACAUGUUGAACGGUCUAAAGAAACAGCAGGAAGUUUCGAAAGACAGAGAACGUUCUCUAGAUACCAGAGAAACAGAGCUGCGUCAACGGGAAUCAGAGCUCGCUGUGAGAGAUAAUAGCAUGGCGGAAAAACACACACUUUUGCAGAACCAAGAAUUAGAUCUGAAAAAGAAAGCAAGCGAUGUAGAGGACAAAACACAAACGCUAGAGCUCCUGAAAACAACACUAGAUGAAAGAGAGAAAGAGCUUGAGGAACGUCAAAACCAGCUGGACAGCAAAAUGCUGGAGCUAAAUAAUGAACGAGACAAGGUGAAAAGAAAGCGAGAGGAACUUGAGAAAUGGGAGAAGUAUUUGUAUAACACAGAGCUCAAAUGGUUAAACAAAGAGUCUUUCUCAGGGUCUCAGCGAUUGACAAACAGCGCUGAAUUUAACGGAAAACUAAUUGAAGUCAAAGACUUCCAUCGAAUGAAUCAAGAAGCAGGAGUAGAUGGUGGCGCAUGUGAUGCAAAAGACACAAGAAGUGAAGAGCAAAUGGAGUUGGCUGCUAUAAACCGUGCAAACAACAGAUCAGUAAAGAACCAAAUGGUUAAACAAUCACUGGAGGCCAAGCAUGAAGAAGACGAUGGUGAAAGUGACGACUCAGAUGGCAAAAGUGAGGAAGACUUCUUCGAAUCUUCAAGCACCAUUAUCCAACCUACUUUACAUACACCCCGGCCUGUGUCUGAGCUAAGGCUCAUGCUUUUAGGAGACGCAUGGUCGUCCCGUCACCCAGCGAGAUGCACUAUAGUGGGGCCUGAUGCAGAUAGAAGCAACCCUUGGAGGGGAGAGUUAUACAGCAGACAGCUCACUAUCAUAGAGCCUCAGGGCCUGAAAUGGAGAUCUGGAUCUGACAGUAAAGACACCUUUCAAAAACACCUCUCUCAAAGCAUCUCUGUGUGUCAACCUGGACCACACGCCUUCAUCCUGGUGAUUCCCGCAUACGUGUCCUUCACUGGUCAGUACAGGCAAGCAGUGGAACGCACCAUGUCUGCAAUAGGAAAAGCCUCAUGGAGACACACUAUUAUUCUGCUCACCUGGGGGGAAACAUUAGGAGAGAGCGUCCAGCAGCAUGUGAAGAGGAACAGCGACCUGGAGCGGCUGGUCCGAAAGUGUGGCAACAGAUGCAAUGUGCUUAACAAUGGAAACCGUGAAUCUGAUGUGGUGAAGUUACUGGAGAAGGUUGAGGAGAUGCUGGGAGGAAACAAUGGACAAUACUACAAACUGGACUGAAAAUGAGUGUUAAGGAUUUUAAUGACUGUGAAUAAUAUUUAAAUUGUGAAAAAUCCAAUAGAUUGGUUUGAGAUUCUUGGCUUUGAAUAUUAUUUAUGUAAGUAGCAGUACCUAAAUUUCAAAAUAAACAAGUUUCAAAUUACUUUCCAUUAGAAGGAAAUAUUUAUUUUUGGCCAAAAUAUAAGAGAAUUGUGAGUAUUAUUAUGUAAAUCACACACACUUACCAGACGAUGGCGCACUUGUAUUAGAUGUUCCUCUCAUUGGCAGCUCAAGCAAAACAGUUAUUCAUAGUAUUUUAAUCUUCAACUAUCCUGUAAGCAAAUAUGAGGAACAAACGCUCUUUUCUCUGUUUCUGAUACCAUCCAAUGAGGGAAACACAUGAUUAAUUUCCAACCGCCUCAAGUAAACAUACAUAGGCUGUCAUUUCAGUCUAAACAUGAAUCAUUAGGAUUCAGCCGCACUCCUCAUUAUGUAUAGAGAGAAUUGGAAAGAUAUAAAGACGGCAAAUUAGUUAACACAAUUCAAACAUAUUUAGGGAUUUCUCCGAAACAAACGGAAUGGAUUUUCCAUUAGUGCCUCAGCGAAGUGGAGUCUUGCUGUGCAUCCGCUGAGAUUGUGACAGGAAAAUUAUUAUCUUUAAAAAAAUGGUCUGUUUCGUCUGAAAGAGAAACUCUUUCCAUCGAGUGAAAAACACAUAUUUGAAAUGGAAUUCCUUUUUAUGGCCCUCACACAGCAAACCCAAACGUUUACAUAUAAUCUGAGGUAAUUGCGCGAUGGCGUCUGAUAUUCCUCCGCCUCGCCAUUAAAGUGGGUGAAAUGUUGAAAAAUAGUUCCCCGGUAGCGUUUUAUUUUCCCCCACAACGUUUUGUAUCAGUCUGCAGGGGGUCUAUUUCUAAGUCAUUGGAAAGAAUCUAUAAUUUAUCACUUGUGACAUCGAGUAGAGAUUUUAUUUUAUCAGACCACAUUGUGAAACACUUCAAUUAGAGGGAAAUAAUAUGCAAUCUAACCGAAAGUGUGUCUGAGUGCAUUAGUCGACUCCUUUCAUUUGUCCAUUAAUUGUUAUUUGAGGUUUUCUAGUCAUUAUCCGCACUAUAGCAUUUUAAGGUAAUGAACAUGGCCAUGCUAACAUCAUUUCACCAGCAUAAACUUCAAAUUUCAGUGUCCUCUUUAACCACUAGAAAGAUGUGCAUUCAUUGCCGUGCUUACUGAAUGAAUCCAGCUACCUCUAAUGGAUGAUAAAACCUCUUGACAAUUCUAAUUAGCCUAGAUUCACAGCAAUUACCAUAUGCCCAUUUCUCUUUUGGUCAGAUCAGAUCAAGCAGUGCUGAGGUUUUUAUAUGUCAGGAUGUAAAACACUUCAUUCAUGUUUCACAUUAUAAUUACAUUGUUUUAGUUCGUCUGCAUGAAACGUUUUUUUAAAUGAAUGUCAAUUGUUGAAUUUCCCAACAACAAAAAUCACAAGUCAGUAGUAUAGGUUUACUGUCACUUUCUCUCCUAAAUACAGUGACUCUUAGAUACCCAAUGCAGUGCAUAUAACAGAACAUGUUGAUUAACAGACAAAUUAAGGAAGUUCAUUAUUGCACUAAUGUAUGUUUGGCCUGUGAAAAUGGUCCACCAAUGUACAGUAUGUCUGGUAGCAUCAGCAAUAAAUGUGAUCAUAUUAAACAAUA